UUUAUAUCAUUUGAAACAUUAGGUGGAGGAUGGACGCUUGUUGCAAGCAUCAGUUCUUCCAGCAAUGACCAUCUUUUGAGAGCAGAAGUCAACUGCUACAAUUUAACACGUUGCGUUGAGUUCAUCAACACGUCAAUUCCAUGCAGAAAGUUAUCAGAUCAGGAUAUUCACGAGAUUGCAACUCAGGAAGGUAUAUACCGUAUUUCCUAGAAUAAGCGCCUUUCCCGAAUAAGAGUGUCCAACCGCGCCCCUUUCGAAUAAGCGCUCCCGUUCCCUCCCCUCUUACUUUCCCAAAUAGUAUGGCUACAAGAAAACCUGUUUCUAUCGCCACAUUAUUGAUGUCAUAAUCGAUAUUUGAUGAUGAUGAUAAUCAUAAUCGUAAUCAGUUCUUGUUUUGCUAAAAAGAUGCUUUCCAAAAAAAGGGAUUUUUCUCGCUUAAAAUGUCAGCUUAAGCGAAAAAAGUUGACAGAGCAUUUUUGUAAAGAUUUUACAAAUUUCAGUGGAAAAGGGAAUGGGCAAUGAGUAAACUUGUCGAGUUUUCAACUAAAAAGCGUUUUCAAAUUGGUACUUGCGUGGUUAGCGGGCAAAAAGUAAUACACCUUGACGUCACAACCAUGUUUACAUACUCUCAUGCAAUUACGCCUCUCGGCCAAUCAGAGCGCGCGUACUAUCUUAGUUAUUUUAUAAAAAGGCUUAUAAGUGUGUGGGUGUGUGGGUGUGUGUUUGUGGGUGGGGGAUACUUAUAAGCGGUAGUGUAAGGUCUACCGUUGGACGGAACAUGCACAUAAGCAUGCAAGCAAACAUUGGGACUAUAAGCAAGUAAAAAGCUAUGAAUUUCAUGCACAAGGUUAGGAAACAGGUCACCAAUACCAAAAGGUGGUCCAUAAAAAUCCUUGCUAAGUGCAUGUCUGCUUUAAAUUUUUUUCAAUGGCAUAUAUUCUGACUACGGUCUUACUAACUAGGUACCUUCAGGGUUGAUCAAGUCACAGAUGGAUACACUGCUUUUUAUCAGGUAAAACCGUUGGUAAUUAGCUUGCUGCUGUGUAAGUGGGAGGAUUAAGGUUUCAACGAUUCUUUAUCUGGAAGGUUUUCUUCAUUUAAAAGUUCUUUGAAACCUUGCCUUAUUCAGAAUCGUUGCAGGCAACAGUUUUGCGUUUUUAAUCGAUUCCUACUGCGCUCUUCUUUCUCUUUAAUCUUUUGCUUCAAAACUCAUAACCUUGUUGUUUUAUAAAAACUUCAAAAACUCAUUAAUAAUUCAUAAAUACAAAAACGAAAGAAAUUAAUGUUUAAUUAGUGUCUUUACCUCUGAUAAAGACAUGGCUAAGCUUUAUGGUCAAUUUUUUAGACCAAAAUAACUUCAAAUCUUAAUAUUAGUGCAAGAAUGAAUUGAUCUAUAUCAGCGACUUUGUAGUCGUUCAUAAAACGAGCAGUCGUGUAUUAUCAGGUUUAAAAACUCUCAGCUUCGCUUCGAGGUUUUAAACCUGAUAAUAGACUCCUGCUCGUAUUUAAACAGCACCUGCUAUUCACCUUGUUUUCUUCCAUGUAGUGGUUAUUGAGACCUUUUAACAACACUUAGUUAACCAUUUUUCCAUUGUUCAGCUAAUUUUUGCUAUCUUUGAUAUUCCGUUGAAAUUAUCCCCAUGUCCUAGCUUAUCUAGUUUUGCCAUGAUCUACGAUAGGUAUCUAAAAGACGGCGUUUUGGAGUGAUGAAGUCACGGGAAGAUGACCCAACCAUAUAAUAGACUUUCAAAAAAAUUUACUUAAAGGGCUAAGUUCCUUCAAACAACUUAACCGUUUAAGCCCUAAGACUGAUGAGCAUCAAAUUUCUCCUUGUAAUAUCAAUGCUUUGUAAAAAAGAGUGGUCAUGAGAAUUACAGACAAGAUCGCACACAAGGUGAAUUUGCUUGAUAUUUUAUCAACUUCUCCCCGCAACUUCUGUGGGAAAUGAAUAGGGGCAACAAAUGAGAAUUCUAAUUUUGAUCUUAGGGUUUAAAAGGUUAAUAAGGACUCUGAGAGGACACUGAAAGUACUAAUUGGGGUUUGACUGUACUGCCAGCUGUAAUGCGCGCGCAUAACGUUUUACUGUUUACUAUUUUACAGAUUCCAGGAGGAGUUAGACAGUUUAAUUCUGAAUGCUACACCUAUAGGUAAUAAAACUACAAUACCAACGAUGACUCCAAUGUCCCCUCCAACCCAACCUUGCUUUGCCCGCCAUUACUCAUCAUACACAUUCAUUUCCCUUUGAUGUUUUGAGCCCCUAUGGAUCGAUGAGUUCGAAAUCGGUUCAAAACUGCUGUUGUGCGUUUAGCAGCGCUUAAUUAUAAUCAUCGAAUUCCUUCACAUUGACGCAUCCAGGAAUCGAGUGGCCCAAGUGGAGAUGGGCGGGGGGAAGAAGGGGGCGGCCCCCAUUUUAUUUUUAGGCCAAAAUGAGGCCGGCAGGGCUGAGAAAAAUUAAUUUUGAGGUCAUCCCCUCUUACAAAGGUCCUCCGUCUCUCUUACCUGAAAACCCGAACCUGCUGUUGCUUUAGAUAGUUCUCGCUUUAAGUAAAACCUUGUUGUAUUUUUUCUCUUCCCAGCUGCCCUCGAAUCAUAGUGUCUCACGUGUACCCCUAUCAGUGGGAAUCAAAUUGCAGAGGGGUACUCAACGGCUACCUUAUAUGGACGAGCGGCGAAUGUCACAGAGGUAAAUGAACUCAGGCACUCUUUUUUGAGCGCUGUCAAUCACCUGACCAGCAUCUACACGGAUUUAUUGAAAAAAAACAAAAAAACAAAAGUGUUAGACCGAUUUUUGUGUGACCUUGAAAAAUGGUUUCGGUGAGUGUUUGAUUUGUUUAAUCAGCCAAUGGAUGAUAGGAUAAGAACAUGAACUCUUCGUUUUCCCGCCAAAGAAAAUCCUAGUAUUGAGAAAGCAUUGAUCGAUUGGCCAAACGUAUUGCAGUAUGACGUCAAAGCGAAGUAUCAGUUGAUUUCUAGCAAGUUCUAUAGGACAUGAAGUUUUUUCACCCAAGCGUUCGCUUGACCAACUAAAAGCCACGCGCGUUUGUAUCCGUUUGAUAAACCAAUCAAAUCGCUCUAUUUCCGUUCAUUUUUUCUGUUUUGUUCGCGCGUUUUCAUUUCAAGGAUAUACGAAAAUCGCUCUAUCAUAAAAAAAAUUCAAUUCCCACAGGAUUGGGUUGUUACACAAACGACUGCCGUUUAAUGUUGUUUAGCAACACUUAUAUCUGGCAGUUGUGACGUCAUACGCGAGAGUGCUUUACAUUGUGUAUCUGACCUGGGCAAUAGACGAGCUGGCACGGUUUCUCCUUUUUUAACUUGUUUUCAUUAGUAUCAAACAACUAAUAUGAAAUACUGUGAUUUCCAUGUGAAUUUAUGUUAACACGAAAAUGGAGGUUUUCAAAAAAGCGCGAGGACUGCUCCGCCUAAGAAACACACCCUCCGUAGUAACUUAAGCUACGGUACAAGGGGCGGCAAAAACUUGCCACUUGUUUUGCAGCAUUGCAGCAAAAAGAAUGGGAAGGCUAUGUUAAGCGUUUUACCACCCACGUUCAAACCUAUCUUUCGACAAAUUAGCUUGUUGCAAGUUGAUCCAAAUUGUGUGAAUACUGACUUCUUAUUGUAUAAAAUUACGCUUGGGUUACACCAUACACGGGAGCUAUGUAGCUUGCUGCAAAUCAAGUUUGCCUUGCAUUUGGGCCGGUAAAACCCGCAACACGAUGCAUGUACAUAUUUGUUGCAAAUUGCAGGGCUACUGUCUACUUUCUGUAACUUUCUCGCAACCUGCAUGAAUCUGAUUUGUUGCAAGACAGGCGUAAUGAUUUGUGGGUAGAAAAACGUGCAACAUGAGAUAUGUCCAGUCUUGUACUCGCCAACAAUCAGUGGAAGGAUGUACAGUCGUUAAAGUAUAUUUUUUAAAUCAAUGACGAGUUUAAAAGAAUAGCAAUAACUGAAUUAACCCUCGGACGUGCGAGGGGAAGGGGGGUUGUUAGCCACCCCUCUCUGAGGUUUUUUUUUUGUUUGUUUGUUUUUUUUCGGCGAAAAACAUCAGCAUCUGACGUUUUCAAUAGCUGUUCGUUUAUCCCUCACGCGCAUGUUGAGACAAGUUCAGUGAUGGUCAGUUACUACGGUUACGAGACAUGACGUCAUAAGUAGCAGGUGGUCAAGCCAUUUUGAGAGAAAAUACAUGUUUUUUCAUCUUCUUUCAACAAUAAAAAUAAAGGUUGUGGAUUAAAUGAUGCAAAGUGCUUAUUUAUGUGUUAUUUUACAUUUCAAGCACAAAAAAAUUACCAUUUCUCGCGGUUUUAACCUGAUUUCUAAAUUCUUGGUAAAAUCUAAAAUGGCAAACAAGAAGGCGAUCAUUGUUGGUGACGUCACAGACCUCCAGUAGCGCCACCACCCUUUGGUGGAGUUGAUAUUCUCCAUGUCUUUCUUUUCAACUUUAUUCUUUCUUUUACAAUUAGUUUUCGAUAUGCACGACAACGUCGAAUGCGGCGGAGCAGCGUGGCUCUCUUCGAAGUAUGGUACGUUUGUGUUUUAUUUUUAAUUUAUUUUUGAAUCUUACGUUAAUAGAAUCAACGUUAUAGGUCGAAUAAGCGUCCAGUAGUUGCGCCUUUUUCAGUUAUUUUAGCGCCUUUAAACAACUCGAAAAACGUAAAUAAGCAACGUCCCUUCAGAUAGACUGCAAAACAGUCCGUAUUUUUGCCUGUUCAAGUACGUACGAGCAGUCGAACAAAAGGUCUGGAACGAGGCUGAAACAGAUAGAGAGACAGGGGAGAGACGCUUUCUAGGGCGUGUAAGACUUACGUCACGAUUUACCGGUUUCUUUACUGAUUUUGAGAAAAAACCGACCGUUUUGCCGUCUACUCCUCAAAUAGGCGACUCGCCCCUCCCCUGUCAUAUUUACAAGGCUUUAUUCUCUUGUGCCGGUAGCGCGGCGUGUGAGCACGAGCACGGUAGAUCCGUGCUAUCUAUCCGUUAUCACAACAAUUAACCAUAAACUAACCUAACUGGAGCCUAUACCGUCAACAAAACUCAUAAUUCAAGUUCUACGAUUUGUUUCCCUUUGUUUACAGGUACAGAGCGGGUACUUUACGGAUUCCCCUUUGAAGGUUUAAGUGGAAUGUAUGCUAAUAAGACAGGACUCCUGUUUGUCAAAUGA